GAAAUGCUACCUAGUUUAUUCAGAUAAGUUUGACAAAAUCUUAUUAAAAACAACAGAGGUGGUAUUUAACAUCAAGAACUCUCAUUACCUAAGCUUAGUAUAUGAAGUUAUUGAAUUAUAAAAAUCAUAUAUGGUUGUUUAUAGUUUAUACCUCAAGAAAUUUAAUAUUUUGGUACAGGUCACACUUGAGUAGGGUAUAGAGAAGGGUUGAAUUGGGAACAAUUUUAUUUAUCCUUUAGCUUUUUUUUUUCUAAAGCAGUUGCAAUUAAGAUUUGGUAAUGAGACUAAUUAUUAUCUGUACCAGAUAAUGGCUUUUAUUCCCUAUCCCCUAAAAUUUAAUAAAAUAAAAAUAAAAUACCAGCAGCAUUUUGUCAUAAAGAAACUGAGAAACCAGAUAUUAUAGGAUUUGGAUACAUCCCUAAAGCUAGUGAGAGCAUCAAAGUUGUCCUCGAAAGGGAUAAUCAAGAUGGUGAUGAUGAUGAUAAGCACGAUGAAGAUGGAUCCAAUCAUCAAGAUGUGAAGGCAUCAAAUAUAUAGACUUGAGAUAAACAAAGGGAAACAAUGUCAGAGGCCAAAGAAGUAACUCAAUUGAUUCCCAAAAUCAUGAAGAAGAAAGGGAAUGGUGACAAAUUGGAUAACAUUACCUAUGCUGAGAAUGCAUUUCAAAAGAGAGAAGAGAAUUGCCUUUCUGAUCGCUAUGUAGUUGCUGAAGAUACAUAAGCUAAUGGAAAUUAGCUACAUUGCAUAUUCUGUUUUUUUUUUCUUUAGCUGCUUUUUUUUUUCCUUUCCCAUAUUCUUACUGCACCAUGAAAAAGAAACAGAAGGAAACCACAGGAUUACUAGAUAGACUAACAUUGUUAAACUUGUUCACAGAUGUAGCAUGAACCUUUCUUGCAGAAGAGCAAUGGAUGGAUGAACGAUUGCUGGAUCAAUUUGUCUAUCUUCACUCAUUGGAAGAUGAAGAGGAACCUCAAUGGGAUUGAUUCAAGCACGCUUUAAUGAGACCUCAUACACAUAUGCACAUAUAUAUAGGACAUAGCUAGGACUUAAGAUGAUUAUUUUAAUUCAUUCAUUCUGGCUAUUUGAUUCUGUAUGACUAAAAGUUGGAAAACAAAGGCAGCUGAACUACAAUGUGUAACAAGACAGAGAUAUGUGGCCAUGUGAAUGGGUGAAAGUACGUCUAGGGAAGAAAAUGGUCAGAAGCAAAAUCUGAAGAGAUGUGGAAGGUAGCAUUUGGAAGUGUUUCUUUAAGGAGAAUAAAAGACUGGGUGCAUUGUGUGUCGGCUUGUCGUAGAGGGUUGCUGGUAUGCCUUUGGAGUCUUUUUGGUGGGGGAUUUGGUCGGACCUUCCCAUUAUAUUUAGCUUUGAACAUUCUUUUUUUUCAUUUGUGGACAGCAUAAAGCUUGAACACUCUGAACACAAUUUGGACUCUGAUGUUUUUAUCAAAGAAAACCCUAUUAUGGAU